CUUCGUUCUGGUUUCGCCUCUUUGCGUUGCUCCAUCCGAGGCUGAGAGCUUGAACUACUUUCUAAAGGAUGGGCCUACUGUCUUUAUGGCGCGCUGGGACGAGGCUUGCUCUGGUUACCUCCACCAUUGGCGGUGGUGCCGCCGCUGCCGCCAUAGCCACCUCCGAUGAUCCUGAAACUACUCUCAAGCUUUGCACCACCGUGCCCCAUCGCCUCAUCCGCGACGCCAUCACCGCUGCCAAUAUUGCUUUCGAUUAUGAAUAUUCUCUUUGGGGACUGCCGGAAGGAAGUAAUGAGCGGUCAACAGUCACGCACGAAGUUCACCUCCGCUCUGCUCGUAAACUUCAAGAGCUGUGUUUUAAGAACGGAGGGAUUUAUAUAAAGCUUGGCCAACAUCUUGGGCAGUUGGAAUAUUUAAUUCCUCAAGAAUAUGUCCAGACAAUGAGGGAGUCCAUGUUGAACAAAUGUCCAGUUUCUUCAUAUGAUCAAGUAUGCCAGGUCUUUAAGAAAGAACUUGGAGAAACACCUGACACAGUAUUUUCUGAAUUUGAUCCAGUUCCAAUAGCAAGUGCUUCCCUUGCCCAAGUUCAUGUAGCCCGCACCCAUGAUGGCCAAAAAGUUGCUGUGAAGGUUCAACAUACUCACAUGACUGAUACUGCGGCUGCAGAUCGUGCCACUGUGGAAUUUGUUGUGAACACUUUGCAUAGGGUUUUCCCCAGUUUUGAUUAUAGGUGGUUGGUUGAUGAGAUACAGGAAAGUUUACCUAAGGAAUUAGACUUUCUGAUUGAGGCAAAGAAUAGUGAGAAAUGUUUGGAGAACUUCCGGAAGUUUUCUCCUCAUAUUGCGAACUAUAUAUAUGCACCAAAAGUGUAUUGGAAUCUAAGCACCUCAAAGUUACUAACAAUGGAAUUCAUGGAUGGUGCCCAAAUAAGUGAUGUGAAGACCAUCAGAAGGCUUGGGAUCCAUCCGCAUGAAGUUUCAAUAUUGGUCACUCAAACUUUUGCUGAAAUGAUGUUUAAGCAUGGAUUUGUGCAUUGUGAUCCUCAUGCUGCUAACCUAUUGGUUCGUCCGUUGCCUUCUAGCAAAAUGAACAUCAUGGGCAAGAGGAAACCGCAGUUGAUUCUUUUAGAUCAUGGACUCUAUAAAGAGCUUGAUUUCCAUACAAGAACUAAUUAUGCUUCCUUAUGGAAGGCAUUGGUGUUUGCUGAUGCUAAGGCAAUAAAGGAGUAUAGUGCAAAAUUAGGCGCUGGAGAGGAUUUAUAUGCACUAUUUGCGGGAGUUCUAACCAUGAGACCAUGGAAUAGAGUUGUUGACCGAUCUGUGGAUCAUUUAGUUAUACGGGGAAAUGAGAGUGAGAGAUCAGAAUUGCAGGAGUAUGCUUCUCAGUAUUUCCCUCAAAUCUCAGAGCUUCUAAGGAGAUUACCACGCGUAAUUCUUUUAAUGCUGAAGACAAAUGACUGUUUACGUGCAGUUAACAAUUCUCUGUUGCAGGGAUCUUCUCUGGAGACUUAUUAUAUCAUCGGUAAGGUUUCUUCGAAGGCUGUGAUUGAGGCAAAGAUGAGGCAAAGCAAAUCCCUUCUAACUUGGUUGAGUGUUGUACUGGAUGACAUUUUGCUGGAAGUGCGGCUCUGGGGAAUGCAGAUAGCCUUGUGGCUUUUACAACUCAGAAAGGCGUUGUCUUGGUCAAACCAAGGAUCAUAAUCCAGAAUGCAGACGUUCUCUGCCAACUUUGUUUCCCUAAUUAAUACAAUUUUUUAAAAAAUAAGUUACUGUAUUCUUUGUCUCCGCGGUCAGAAUUACCAUUUUGCAGAUUCUUUUGACGACAGAUCGGCCAACCAUAUUUACAUUAUUUUAGAUUGGAAAAAAAGAAGAAGAAGUGCUACUCACAUUUUUUGUUAUAUAGUCCUGUAUUCAUUCUGAUACUCGAAAUUUGUUGUAAAUCCCCGUUGAUAAGGGGAGUAAUUCAUUGAGGAUUAAAGAAGACAAUAGAGCUCAAUUUCAACUGUAGCAUCUGCAACUUAUUUGAUGACUCUUUUAUAUCGUGAAGUUUCCAAAGAUGA